GAAGAACAGGAAAAAAAGGAAAUAACAUGUUAUGUUUCAAGCAAUCUUUUCCUCAGUCUCCACUUAUGGGACUACACUGGGUGCAUUCUACAAUCAGCAACUGAAAGAUUGUUAGCACAAAAGAACACCGCGAGUAAAAACUGAAAUAAUUAAUGGACCAACCGCGCUGAAAAAAUGACAGUAUGCAUGUCACACACAGAGACUGUAUUCAUCGUCAAAACAUAAAGAAGUGCACACCAAAUUAGCCACAGGCCACUAUGCAGUGCUGCAUAAUUAUAUAGUUCGGAAGGCACAAAUAUCAAACAAGAGCUGUGAUAUUUUUGUGCUUAAACUAUGACAACGGCAUAAGUGUACAAGUAAAGGUAAUGUUAUCUAUUCAGUAACGCUUACCACUCUGCAGUACACAUUGUUUUUGGUACUCAUGCUACACCUACUACAGAGUGAUUGAAUUUGUGUUUCUUAAUUUACUCAUGAAAAGCAACAUUAUUUCAACUACUCACUUUAAACGUUCGAUCCCUACCUCACUUUGUAGGACCACAUGUUCAUUCUGUCCCAAUUUAGACACACUUUUCCUUUUAGUCAGUCCCAACAAGAAUGACACAUUUCUAUAUUUAGUAACAAUUGGGGUGAUUUACGACCACACAAACAUCUAUUACACAUUUACUUUUUUAAACUUUGUAUCAAAUCAAACAACAUCACAUAAAUUGAAACAGAGGAAAUAGUAUUUUGAGGCCCACAUCUCCCUUUCAUAACUUUUCUGCAGAAAGAUAACACAGGAGAACCAUUCAAUGUAUUGAUUGAACAUAACAACUAGUCCAAAAUAAGAUUUGUUAAAGAAACAUACCGUGCAUUUUAAUGUUUUUCUCAUGAUCUAUAAAAACAAAACAUGAUUUUUUAGGCUAUCUAUGUUAUGUCUGAAUCUAAUGUAAGGUUAGUAACAUUUUCAGUUGUUUCUCACUCUACUUCUCCCAUUCUUAGGUAAGCACUAAUGGCACAAGAAAAUAGUGAACUCCAUGUAGUUUUUGUUCCAUACUUUACACCAAGUCAUAUGAUCCCCUUAGUUGAUAUAGCUAGACUUUUUGCUAGCCAUGGAGUCAAAGUUACCAUUAUAACCACACACUAUAAUGCCCUCCUUUUCGAGUCCUCUAUCAAGGAUUCUGGCAACCAGAUCUUCAUCCACAAACUCAAGUUCCCAUCUGAUGAAGUAGGCUUACCAGAAGGGAUCGAAAACUUCACUGCAGUCACUGCCUCAGAAAUGGCUAUGUUAUUUAUGGGAAUUGCUUUGCUUCAGAAACCAAUCGAAGAUCUUAUUGUUGAGCUUCGUCCUCAUUGCAUUAUUUCAGAUGUGUGCCUUACAUGGACGGUGGACGUAGCUGAGCAACUGAAGAUACCUAGAGUUACAUUUUAUCCACAUAAUCUUAUGUACCACUGUGUUGAACAUUGUUUGAACGUGCAUACGCCUCAUGAGAAGGUAAGUUCGGAUUCAGAAAGUUUCUUGAUUCCAGGUUUACCAGAUCAGAUUGAAAUGAAAAGAUCUCAAUUGCCAGAGGGUAUUAAAACCAAACCUGAAGGACCAUACUGGGAAAUGAUGAAGAGAAUUAAAGAAUCAGAACCUCGAAGCUAUGCCGUGAUUCAUGACACUAUCUAUGACCUGGAGUCUACUUACGCUGAGCUUUACAAGGAAAUCAAAGGUAAAAAACCAUGGUUGAUUGGUCCUUUGUUUCACUUUUCAAAGAGAGAAGAAGCAAGCAAUUCAAGGAACACUUCAGUUCAAGAGCGACACAGCUGCCUAAGUUGGCUUGAUUCUCAAGAACCAAGCUCUGUUGUGUACAUUUGUUUCGGAAGUAUGGGCAGGUUUUCUGAUGCUCAGCUCUAUGAAAUUGCCUUGGCUCUUGAGGCCUCGAAUUCAUCGUUUCUUUGGGUGGUAAAGAAGGGAGACAAACCCCAAGAAAAUGAGCAAGAAAGCUGGAUGCCUACUAGCUUUAAGGAAAAAAUGCUUACAAACAAGAAAGGUUUGAUAGUCAGAGGAUGGGUGCCACAGCUGAAGAUCUUGAACCAUCCAGCAACUGGAGCGUUCAUGACUCAUUGUGGCUGGAACUCCACCCUGGAAUCUCUUACAGUCGGAGUGCCAAUGCUGACAUGGCCCUUAUUCGCGGAGCAGUUCUACAAUGAGAAGCUGGUGGAGGUUCUUGGAUGUGGGGUUAGAGUUGGGGCAGAGGUGUGCCACAGUACUUUUGACAUCACGGAUACAAUUGUCAACAAGGAGAAGAUAGAGGCGAGUGUGAAAAUGUUGAUGAACACCUCCAAGGAAAGUGAAAAGAUCAGAAGCAGAGCAAAAGAUGUCGAAACAAUGAUUAAGAGGGCUGUGGAAAAAGGAGGCUCUUCUUAUAAUCAUCUAACUGCACUAAUAGAGGAGCUCAAAUGCCAUGUUUUUGGCACCUUGGAAGUGUAAUUGAAAAUUCAAUGCACUAA